AUGUCCGGACUCUCAUCUAACUGGAAAAAGCUGCAAUCCAAGAUCAAAGCCGAGUCGACCCCACGGCCUGCACCACCAAAAAGGAAGGCCGACGACGUUGAUCAUCAGCCCAGGGCUGCUGAGGCAGGACCGAGGAAAAAGCAGAAGAAACAAGAGCAGCAUCAGAAACAGAACCCCCCCCAGCCAUCAAAACGACUCUCGAAAACAUCUUUUCAAAAGUCUCACAAACCCCCCAUGGGCAACACCCAGUCCUCCAAGAUCGACCCUAUCCCCCCUAAACACGGCGUCGCCCCCUCCCUCGCCGUCUGGGCAGCAGACAACGGCAUCUCGCCAGAGUCUAUAGCCGAAGCCUACGGCCUCGGUAUCCAGUCCAACUCCCUCCUCUCCACAGACAACCCGGGCCGCCCCAACGAGGGCCUGGCCCCCGGUGUCGAGGUAGGCAAGUAUGUGGGGAUCGACUGCGAGAUGGUCGGUGUCGGCGAGGGCGGGCACGACGACUCGCUGGCGAGGGUCAGUGUGGUCGAUUUCCACGGGAAGCAGGUCUACGAUUCCUUCGUGAAGCCGCGGGAGCGCGUCGUCGACUGGCGGACCCACGUCAGCGGUGUCGCCCCGAGGCACAUGGCGAAGGCGAGGACUUUUGACGAGGUGCAGGCGCAGAUCGCGGACUUGCUCAAGGGGCGCAUCGUGGUGGGCCACGACGUCAAGCACGACCUAAGGGUGCUGGAGCUGGGCCAUCCCUGGAAGAUGAUCCGGGACACGGCCAAGUUCUCGGGCUUCAAGAAGUAUGCCAAUGGGCCGAAACCCGCGCUGCGGGUGCUGGCGCAAGAGUUGCUGGGAGUUGAGAUUCAGACGGGGCAGCACUCAAGCAUAGAGGAUGCGCGCGGCGAGAUGGCCGGUUAUGCCAGAGGAAGUCAGAUCAUAAGACGAAAAACCUAA